GUCUAAACAACAAAACUGUCCUCGGUUGCCGCUAUUUCAUAGUAGGGUUGCUUUUAACCUGAUAAACGCCACCGUUGUCCCUUUCUACUCACUCACUUCCUUCGCCAUUACCUCUGUCAUUUGCUUCCUCCCAUUGUUGUAAACCUCUCUUAACUCUGUUUUCCUCUGCCUCUCCUUCUAACAAUGGGUGCUUCUCUGCCUCCCAAGGAGGCCAACCUCUUCAAGCUUAUUGUUAAAUCAUAUGAAACAAAACAAUACAAAAAGGGACUCAAAGCAGCUGAUGCUAUUUUGAAAAAAUUUCCGGACCAUGGAGAAACUUUAUCAAUGAAGGGUUUGACAUUGAAUUGCAUGGAUCGUAAGUCUGAGGCAUAUGAACUUGUUCGUCAAGGACUAAAGAAUAACCUCAAAAGUCAUGUUUGCUGGCAUGUUUAUGGUCUUCUUUAUCGGUCAGACAGAGAAUAUAGGGAGGCCAUUAAGUGCUACCGCAAUGCAUUGAGAAUAGAUCCCGCUAAUCUUGAAAUCUUACGUGACCUGUCACUUCUGCAGGCUCAGAUGCGAGAUUUAACAGGCUUUGUUGAGACAAGACAAAAACUUCUGACUCUUAAGCCAAAUCAUCGCAUGAACUGGAUUGGCUUUGCAGUUGCCCAUCAUUUGAAUUCUAAUGCGUCCAAGGCAGUUGAAAUUCUGGAAGCAUAUGAAGGUACCUUAGAAGAUGAUUAUCCUCCUGAAAAUGAACGGUGUGAGCAUGGGGAAAUGCUUUUAUACAAGAUUUCUUUGUUGGAGGAAAGUGGAUUUCUUGAGAGAGCUCUUGGGGAGUUGCACAAAAAAGAGUCAAAAAUUGUUGAUAAGCUCGCAUAUAAAGAACAAGAGGUUUCACUCAUAGUGAAGCUUGGUCGCUUGCAAGAAGGUGAAAAAUUGUAUCAGGCGCUUUUGUCCAUGAAUCCUGACAAUUAUAGAUAUUUUGAAGGACUCCAAAAAUGUGUUGGGUUAUGUUCAAAAGAUGGCCAUUAUACUCCAGAUGAAAUAGAUCGGCUAGAGGCUUUGUACAAAUCACUUGAGCAGCAGUACAAGUGGUCUUCUGCUGUGAAGAGAAUACCACUUGAUUUUUUGCAAGGUGACAAGUUUCGAGAAGCAGCACAAAAUUAUAUUCAGUCUCGCCUAACUAAGGGAGUUCCAUCGCUGUUCUCUGAUCUUUCUUCUCUGUACAAUCAUCCAGGGAAGGCUGAUAUUUUGGAACAACUUAUUCUUGAGUUAGAGCAUUCAAUCAGGACAACCGGUCAAUACUCUGGAAGAGUGGACAAAGAGCCCCCUUCAACUCUGAUGUGGACUUUGUUCUUCUUGGCACAGCAUUAUGACAGACGGGGCCAAUAUGAAAUUGCUCUUUCUCGAAUUGAUGAAGCUAUGAAGCACACACCUACUGUCAUCGAUCUAUAUUCUGUCAAGAGUCGGAUACUGAAGCAUGCUGGUGAUUUGGCCGCUGCUGCUGCCCUUGCAGAUGAAGCUAGGUGUAUGGAUCUUGCUGAUCGAUAUAUCAAUAGUGAAUGUGUUAAGCGCAUGUUACAGGCUGAUCAGGUGGCUUUGGCAGAAAAAACUGCAGUCUUGUUCACAAAAGAUGGGGAUCAACACAACAACCUCCAUGACAUGCAGUGCAUGUGGUAUGAGCUGGCUGCUGGUGAAAGUUAUUUUCGCCAAGGCAAUCUUGGCCGGGCUCUGAAGAGAUUUUUAGCUGUAGAAAAGCAUUAUGCAGAUAUUACUGAAGACCAGUUUGAUUUCCAUUCAUACUGCUUAAGAAAAAUGACUUUGCGAACUUAUGUGGAGAUGCUUAGAUUACAAGAUCGAUUGCACUCACAUGCAUAUUUUCACAAAGCAGCUGCUGGAGCAAUCAGAUGUUACCUGAAAUUGUAUGAUUCUCCUUUGAAGUCGACAACUGAGGAAGAGGAUGACAUGUCAAAGUUGCUUCCUUCUCAGAAAAAGAAAUUGAGGCAAAAACAGAGGAAAGCAGAAGCACGGGCUAAGAAAGAGGCGGAAGAGAAGAAUGAAGAUUCAAAUGCUGGUGGUGUGUCAAAGUCUGGAAAGCGGCAUGUGAAACCUGUUGAUCCUGAUCCACGUGGUGAAAAGUUGUUGCAGGUUGAAGAUCCACUAUUAGAAGCCACAAAAUAUCUGAAGUUAUUGCUGAAGAAUGCACCUGAUUCGUUGGAGACACAUUUGCUCUCUUUUGAACUGUAUAUCAGGAAACAGAAGAUUUUGCUUGCCUUUCAGGCCGUAAAGCAGUUAUUGAGAUUGGAUGCUGAGCACCCAGAUUCUCAUCGUUGCUUGAUUAAAUUCUUUCAUAAAGUUGGAUCUAUGAAUGCUCCUGUGACUGAUAGCGAGAAACUCAUUUGGAGUGUCUUAGAAGCUGAACGCCCAACAAUUAGUCAGUUGCAUGAGAAGUCCCUGCUUGAGGCAAACAUCUCUUUCCUUGGAAAACAUAAAGAUUCUUUGAUGCACAGAGCCGCUGCUGCUGAAAUGUUGUGCACUUUGGAUCCCAACAGAAAAUCCGAAGCUGUCAAGUUGAUCGAAGAGUCCCCGAGUGACCGUGUGCCUAGAAAUGGAGUGGUUGGAGCAAUUUGGGAAUGGAAACUCAAAGAUUGCAUAGCUGUUCAUAAGCUUCUAGAGACAGCCCUUGUUGAGCCAGAUGCUGCAUUGAGAUGGAAAGUGCGUUGUAAAGAGCUUUUCCCUUAUUCCACAUACUUUGAGGGCAACCGCAGUUCUGUUUGUCCCAGCUCAGCCUUCAAUCAGAUGUGUAAUAACUUCGGAAAUGUGAGUAUUAACCAUUCGGUGGAUGGCCAAAAUGUGGAUCCCUUCACAUCAAAUGGUAAACUAGACGCAUUUAAAGACCUCUCCAUAUCACAAAGUUGAACACGUGUCAAAGCUAGAGGUUCGCAAGUUACUCUCUGGGGACCCGUGGUAAACCAAGUUGCAUUUGACACUACUUGAAAAGACCGAGUUGCAGCUCACGGCAACAUGGGUUGUCGAGUUUUGAUGCGUGUUAUGCAAAAUUCUACAUGGAAUUCACAGAUGUGGUUCGUUGCACAAGUUUUCCCCCAGCUCUGAAAUGUAUUCCCUUGUGCAAAUGUGUAUAAUUUCACCUCAGUUACAUUUUAGGGUUGAGUUUAAGCCGUUCACCCCUUUUUCUCUCGUGAGAGGGUAAGAUGGGGCGAAAGGAUUUGCACCAGUGUACGGGGUUUCACCAUUUUGGUCGUGGGGGAGAGUUGCAGAGUUUUUCAGGUCUGUGGUCUGCAUCCAGCCAUUAUAUAUACACCGAAAUGUUGUAUGUUGCCUAUUUUAUUGGCUUAUUUAUAGUGUAUAAGCAUAAAUUAGGGGAAAAUUUUGCCGCAAUGACGGCUUAAGUUUUGGAUUAUUUCAGUCUGUUUUUCACUGGCAGAGAGGGCUGAGUUAUAAGACAUACUCUUGAUCAAUUUUUUAUGAAUGUUUAGGUUGUAGUUUCAAUCGUUCAUGAACUCCUUUGAAA